AUGACUGAUUUCUUGCCUGCGCCACCGUUCUUCGGCAGUAUACCAAGCCCUUGGAGACACAGACCAGCCGAAUACAUUCGCGGUAAACCCCAUGUAUCCAGUGGAUGGUAUCAAGACGACCGAAAACUGAGACACCCAAAAAUAUCGAAAGCUUUCAUCUGGCCAAAAGACGGUAGGAACAGUUCUAAGUUGGGUCGAAUGAAAGACAUUCUCCAAGGCAAAGGCCCAGACAUCUUCGUCGGCUCUGCGGCUGAUGCAAGAGAUUUUGUGGCCAAACGCCCAUCGCGAUCUCAAUGGUCCAAACAUGUCCGUCUCGAUGACGGUUUACCGGAAUUCGCCUUCAACCCUACCAAGUUCGCCCCUUGGACCGAGGGAGGUGUGCUGUCAGGUGGACGUUCACGCGAGAUGGCUUACGACUUCCGUACGCGAAAGUAUGUAGAUCGGCAUCCUCGCAUGUGGACAGACGCGAGAUGGCAACCAGAUCCUUAUAAGAACAGAAAAUGGAACAUGUUUCCCGAAGCUCUGCGCGAUGUGUAUGGUAAUUGGUGGCAGGAUGGACAAUACCUACCGUUUCAUAGGGGUGGCCCAUUUGUGAAUGACAUGGGCAGACAUGCGUUGUAA